CAGUGCGAUAACUUUUUUGAGUCUGUCAAACAGCAGAGAUAUCACCAACGAUACCUUGAAUCCACAGCUUCUGGACGAUCCACGACGACAAUACCACUGCAAAACCACGGAAACAACAGUAACUUCAAUUCCCAAGCUUCACACAGUAUCAAGCAGCCAUGGGUGUUCAGAAAAAGACUCGCAAAUUCGCAGAGGUGAAACGAGUUAUCGGUCGUCGCGAUGCCAGACUAAAGGAAAACAAACUCAAGGCUGAGCUCGCUCAGAAGGAGAAGGAAAAGAAGACCAUCAACGGCGAGCUUAUCCGAGAAGCGCCUCAGAUGCCCAGCAACAUGUUCUUUCAACACAACACAGCUCUCGUUCCUCCCUACAACGUCCUCGUAGAUACCAACUUUCUCAGUCACUCGGUUCAGCGAAAGCUCUCUCUUCUCGACUCCAUGAUGGACUGCCUCUAUGCGAAGUGUAACCCUAUCAUCACAUCCUGUGUGAUGAGCGAACUUGAGAAGCUCGGACCCAAGUAUCGACUGGCCCUAAGGGUUGCAAGAGACGAACGAUGGACACGGCUUGAAUGCGACCACAAGGGCACCUAUGCAGACGAUUGUUUAGUAGACAGGGUGCAGAAAUCCAGGAUCUAUAUCGUGGGUACAAAUGAUAAGGCACUCAAGCAACGGCUACGAAAGAUUCCUGGUGUGCCAAUCAUGAGUGUGGCGAGGGCCAAGUACGUGAUAGAGAGGUUGCCAGGUGCGCCUGACUCCUAGGUGUUCUUUUUGUUGUUUGGGAAUGGGGAAUUUGCAUUUACGAGUUUACGACGCAUCGCAUAGCUGGGUUCUGGCCAGCACUAAUGUCGUUGAGCCUGGUUACUAUUUGACAGGGUUGUUAUGCGAUGUUCUAGGGUAGCUAGGCACAAAAUUCAACGGAUAUUCACCCUCAUUCAUAGUAGAUUGGCAAGCUACCUAUUCAAUUAGAUGUCUGGUGUUCACUUAGGCCAUGCCUCUUUUGUUUCGAA